AUGUCGAUGCCAACGGUCGAGGACAUCCUCACAUGGCCUCCGCCAAACUACGACAAUCCUCAGGAUCCGCUGAAUCCGUUCAUCUAUGGCGUUGAGGGCGCGCUCCUCGCUGUUAUGACCAUGUUUAUCGCGGGCCGGUUCAUCUCGCGCACGAUGCUCGUGAAGAAUGCACUCGGGGUUGAUGACUGGGUGAUGUUGCUAGCAUACAUAAUUUGCGCUGCAAUGACAUCAUGUCACUUAUAUGCGCCGCAAAUUGGGAUUGGACGUCAUCUCUACGAUGUUCCACUGACAAACCUACCUGCGAUUGGCAAGUUGACCUUGGUAACCAUGGCUUUAUUCGGUCCCGCCUGCGCACUCACCAAGAUAUCUAUUUGUCUGACGUAUCUGAGACUUUUCCCGUCCCAGACGAACAAAUACAUCAACUGGGGGUGCAUCGGUAUCAUGAUUGGCUGGGGAAUAUCAACAUGUCUUGUAAUGGUCUUCCAGUGCAUCCCGAUGAAUUCUACGUGGGACGUCUUUACCCCUAUGAGCGAGAAGAACUGCGUGGAUACAAAAAUAUUCUUCAUGAUCACUGCCGGCAUUAACUCCGUCACGGACUGCUUGAUUUACUUGUACCCCGCAAACUACCUUUGGAGGGUCCAGAUGAGCCGGCGGCAGCGGAUCAGUCUGAUUUCCUGCUUUUCUCUUGGCGUAGUUGUCACCAUCGCCGGAGGAUGCCGCAUCUGGGUGAUGGGCCGCUUCUUCUCCUCCUGGGACCAAACCUACUGGGGCGCCCUCAUCUGCAUCGUCCUCGCCAUCGAGGUGAACCUCGGCGUCGUCUUCAGCUGCCUUCCGGCGCUGCGGCCGCUGAUGGUGCGGAUGUUCCCGCGCGCCUGGGGCACGUCGCUGGUGAAGAGCAACACGAACAAUUACGGCCAGAAGUCCUCAACGCUGGUCAGCUCGCGCGGGUUCCGGAGCAUCGGGAACGAUCCGGAGUCGAUCCAUAUUCAGAAAGACGUGGAGCUGACGGUGUCAACGAAGCCGUAUGAGGGCUAUUCGAGCAAGGAGGAUAAUCGAGAGGGGAGCGAGGAGUGGGUGUUCCGAUCGGAUGUGGUGCGAUGA